AUGGUUCAUUUCUCUGUUAGAUCUUGCUUGAUUUUUGUCUCUGUGUUGGCAUAUCUUUUACUUGUUGAGUCUUCCAAUAGAGUUGUGGAAGUAAAUGUCAUCUGCAAUAAAUCCGAAAAUCCUUCAUUUUGUUUAAGCCUCCUUAACUCGAAGCCUGGUGGAGCAGUUGGUGAAGAUCUCGUUAACCUUACGCGAUACACCAUUGAUGUAGUUCGUGCCAAUGUCACCAACACAAUCAAAUAUAUCAAUCGGUUGAUCAAAAAUAGUACUAGUGAUCCUAAGGCAAGAGAGCAUUACCAAGUGUGUUUGUCACAAUUCAAUUACGCCCUUGAUGCUGCCGAGUAUACUCAACAAAUGUUAAAUUCGAGAAAUUACCUUAACGUGCACGUGGCUGCAAGUGAUGUCAUGACAAACGCUGAUUUGUGUGCUUUAGGACUGUCAUCGUCAAAUCCUCCAUUUCAUGAUGCAUCCUUGCUUUCCAAAUAUGUUUCUAUUGUCGACCAGAUUGUUCAGAUAAUUCUCAUUAUGACAAAUUAUCUGAUUCGUUAG